AUGCUGAUGUGGCUUAGAAUGGCUCCUGCUCUUCAUCUGAUCUUUCUGCUCAUCAUUCACAAGGUGUCUAGUGCUGAAUGGGGUGUGAAUUACAGUACUUCACACAUCUGUGCACUAAAAGACUCAUCAGUGAUAAUCAGCUGCACUUUUACAUACCCGUCUCCUGGAUAUCAGAUCAUGAAAGUGUUCUGGACUAAAAACUCUGUACAUGGUCCAGAUCCUCCAGAUCUGUCUGAGGACCCUGAAUACAGUCAGAGGCUUCAGUAUCUGGGAGAUAAACAGCAGAACUGCACCGUCAGACUGAGUCAUGUGACAAAGAAAGAUGAACACCAGUAUUAUUUCAGAUUCAUUACUGAUGUAACAGAAGGAAGAUGGACUGGUAGACCAGGAGUGCGUCUCUCUGUCACAGAUCUUCAGCUGGAGUCUCCUGAGAGAGUGACAGAGGGAGAUUCAGUCAAUCUGACAUGUAAAAGCAGCUGUAAACUGACUGACACACCAACAUUCAUCUGGUACAGAAACUCAGAGAUGUCACUCGAGCAUAUUGGAGACAAACUCAUCCUCAGUUCAGUCAGAGGAGAUGCAGGCAGAUAUAGAUGUGGUGUACAUGGACACACAUCACCUGAGGUCUCUCUCAUUGUUAUAUACCCACCCAGGAUUGUCUCGGUGUCCAUCAGUGGAUCUGCUGUAAUAGUGGAGGGAGAUUCAGUGACUCUGAACUGCAGCAGUGACUCAAACAAUCCUGCUCUGAACUUCAGCUGGUUUAAAGUAAAAUCACUUGUAGGAUCUGGAAGAAUCUUCAACAUAUCAAAGAUCAGCUCUGAUGACAGUGAAAAAUACAAGUGCAAGGUUCUAAGUGAACAUGGGGAUAAAUACUCUGCUGCUGUGACUUUAAAUGUCCAGUAUCCUCCCAGGAACGUCUCAGCGUCCGUCACUGAUUCUGGUCAGCUUUGGUCUGAUUCAGUAAGUCUGAGCUGCAUCAGUGACUCAAACCCUCCUGCUCUGAAUUUCAGCUGGUUUAAGGAGAAUCAAAGCUCUGCUGUUGGAUCUGGACAGAGUUUCAGUGCAGUACAGAGUGGACGCUUCUACUGUGAGGCUCACAAUCCACAUGGAGCUAAGAGAUCAGACGCCGUCACUGUCACUGUUCAUCAACAUGCUGAGAGAAACAUCAUCAUCAUCACAGCGACAUCUGGAGGAUUAUUAGUCAUUAUCUUCAUCAUCAUUAUCAUCCUGUGUAUAAUAAAGAAACAAAGGAGUGUUAAAUCUAAAGGUCUCACAGUGACGCAGAAUGAUCUGUAUUCUGACCCUGGAUCAGCGGCUGACGCUCUGUAUGCCAGUGUGAAUCCCAGAAUAAGUGCUGAAUGCAGAGAUGCUGAGGAGAUCCAGUACGCCACUGUCCAAUAUCACAGAAACACACAGAUGAAGAGAGAGGAAGAAGAGGAGCAGCGUCAGUGUGACAACAAACCAGUUCAGCAGCCUGAUCAAGACCACAGCGGAUCUAAUGCUGAAACAGUGCAAAACUCCGUGAUCUACAGCAGCGUCAGAUGAGAGAUCCACUUAUACAAACAUCAUUAGAGAACACAGAAUAAAUGAGUGAAUGAUUAUUGCCGAAUCAUUUAUUAAUUUGUUUUUAAACACAACAACUAUAACAUGUUCGUCAGACAUAAUUUACAUGCACACCAUGACUGACAUAAAGAAGUUUACUGAAGUAACCUUUACCUGUUUACAAGCCAACCAAGUUUACAAGACUGAGGUUACAAGAAGAGGUUAUUCCCUAGUGAUGUCACAAUGCAAGCAUGCAUAUAUUUCCCUAUAUCCUGAUCU